CACACCUGUCACUCAUUAGGAGUGUCACUUUGAACCGAGCCUGGACUCUGAUAAACACUACAAGCUUUCCUUUGCUGGAAUCAUAAACAAAAUGUACUCGUUAGAGUUUUCGUUCAUCUUUUUCUUCCUGAUACCUCACACCAUAUCGUUUGGACGCUGCGACGAUAUCUCCUUCUCUAUAUGUUGGAUGAGCAAGGACGAUGCUCUGGAGAGGCAAAAUGGAAACUUAUGGGUCAAUGGCACCUCUUUAAAAUCCACCAGGAGGAUAGGUAAAGUUACCUCCCUGGCAGUGUACCCAGUUGUAGAAAACAAGCUAACACUUCAGUAUGGAGGCUCUGUUCAGUCAUGGACUUUAUCCAUCACUCCACGUACAAGAUUCACUAAAAUCAGAGGCCGGCAGAAACCCCUGGAGCGUCCAACGAAUGCCACUAAGAGCUUCCUGGACUUGUUGAGUCCCACUGAGGUGUUUGCAUGUGAAAAUGGCACAUUAUUCUUCCAGCAGGAUGAAAACUUCUUUCUUGCUGUUGGCCACACUAUGCGUCUCCCUGUCAAGCUUGAGUCGAGGAGUCCCUCUAUGUUGCUGGUCUCCUGGGUGACUAACAGUCUAGCUAUCAGCGACAGCCACACUGUGACCCUGUACCGCACUGAGCUGGACUCCUAUAACACCCUCAGCACGGACUCUACCAUCAACAACCACUACCGCUUCACAGCCCUGGACUCCUGCAGCCCCUAUGUGGCCUGUGUGGAGAUUGCAGGCACUCGCUCCUUCACCUGCCUCUCCACUAUUACUGACCCAGAUGUUCCCAAGGACUUUGAGGUGACGUCCUGGAACAGCAGCAGCAUAUCGUUGUCCUGGGACUGCCCCGAGAACCGCAGGUACUCUCUCUUCCUCCUGACCAUCUUCUACCUCAACAGUACAGACCAUGUCACAGAGGAGGUGCCCCUCUGGCACGAGGAGGACAGCUUUGCGUUCACCUUGUCCGACAUGCAGCCCUGCAGCAGGGUUCAGUUUGGCCUACAGACUCUCUGCCAAGCAGGGACGGAGUCACGCUACAGCACCAUGGUCCUGAAUGAUGGAAACUCUGUCCACUCCAACAUCUGGGCUUUGCAUCAGACAUCAUUUGGCCCAGACACGUACACCCUGAGGUGGGAGGUGAGGAACGCCUCAUCCAUCUCCAGGUUCAGGGUUUACCAUGAUGGGGUGCUGCAGGGCACCACGCUUAUGACCAACUACACUGUUGGGGGGCUGCUGUCAUGCCAGCAGUACCAGGCCAAAGUGGAGGCGCUGUGUGGAGAUGGAGUGCUGAUGAGCGCCAAGACGGUCACAGCACACACAGGACCAAGUGGUGUGUCUGAGCUCAGGUACCGCUCUAACGACUCCACUGCCGUGUGGACACCCAGUGCCAGGCAGCAGCCAGCUUUUGCCUUUCUGUACAAGCUGUCCUAUGAGAAUGGCUCAACCAUCCAGAGCAGCAGUGUGACAGGCACAGAGCUGCGUCUCAUGGGGCUGGAAGACGGGAAGACCUACAUCCUUGACGUGUGGGAGGAAUGUGAAGGACAGUGGGAGUCUGAACAUUCCCAUUUGUUCUUUGAGGGAGCUAAUUCAUCUUUAGGUUUCCUUAUAAGAGCUGCUGGACCUGCUCAGGACCUAGAGAUGCAGUUAGAUUUGUCCGUCAUGGGUCUCAUGAUGGUUGUGCCCUGGUCACUGCCUGAGGAACUACAGAGUGACGUGUCAGAACCAAGAGCCAAAAUGGGGAAGAUUUUCAAGGAUAAGCUGCAGGAGCUGUUGAAAGAUUUCGAUCAGCCGGCCCGCAUUGAGCUGGCCACCUUUGAACCUGCAGAGGAGCCAGACAAAACAGAGAUUCUGUUUAUGUCUUUUGAUGCGUCCAAAACUGAAGAGGACUUGCCCCUGCCUGUUGAAGAUCAGCUGGAUUACAUUCGCUCCCUGAAUGCAACCAACAUCACAAUUAGAGAUGGUGUCAUUCACUGGGACGGUCAUGAUCUGUGUGCUUCCGCCCAGCACACUUUGUGCCCCCGCAAUUCUUUGUGCCUCAACACUCUGGGCUCAUUUACUUGUGUGUGCCAACAUGGCUACUAUGAUGUGAGCCCUGUCAUAGAGCCUCCAACGGCUUCACAUCCAGUCUGCAAUGAGGACGGCCUUUUCAGUCAGUGUCUGGACAAACUGAUGACUGGUGGAAUAGCAAAGCCCUACCUGGUUUCUUACAUUGGGGGAAAGGUUGAUGUGAAGCUGAAUGAUGGGAGGUGCACUGUGGAUGAGAGUGAGAUGUUCUAUUACUUCCGCACCUCAAGAAAAUCAUCUGAAUGUGGAACAGAGAGGCGGGUAAACAAAACCCACAUUGAAUUCCAAAACACUUUGACUGUGACCUUGACCAAAGAGCAAACCAUCAGCCGGCGGGAUCUCAGAGUUGUCUGGAAGUGUGUCUACCCUCGGCAUUAUGUUCGCAACGCUCAAGUUAGCAUGGAUAUGGAGUGGCUCUCCUCCCUCUCCCUAGUGGAGUUUAACUCAUCACUGCAGCUGGUCCUGACCAUGACCCUGUACAGUGAUGAGUCAUACACCUACAGCUACAGGGAUGCCAUAGCCCUGGGUCUGGAAGACACACUGUUCUUCCAGGUGGCCCUGCAGACCAACAACUCUUUUGCUCCAGACGUGUUACUGCAGGUGGAGUCAUGCUGGGCCACUGAGAGCACCGACCCAGAGGAUACUGUCCAGGGUGUUCUUCUUCAGGACGGCUGUCCUGUUGACAACACGUUCCACUGGCUCUCAGUUAACGGCCUGGCACAGACGAGCAGAUUUUCCAUUCAGAUGUUCGCCAUGCCCAAAGGGUUGCCCCUCUAUAUUCACUGCUUGGCCAACAUAUGUGGACACGAUGAAGCCUGUACAAAGAAUUGCACCAGCCAGCAGCGCAACAAGAGGUCGGUGAACCAGGUGAACAGACAGGGGAAACAGGCUGCGGUAGUGUCUGCUGGACCUGUGGUGAUCAACACAAGAGUGAAGUCAGGAGUCCAGCCGUCUCACUGGGCAGAGCACAUAACAAUGAUCUCCAUUGUGGCUGGCUCAAUAGGCUUUUUGGGAGUAACCAUACUCUCAGUGAGCGCAACCAAAGCAAUCAUGACUUACUAUGAACGGCUACAGCUGCAAUAAAGUUCUUUGAAGGUCA